AAGAUAGUUUAGGACAGAGGCGCCAAAGGGAACGCCAGAGCUCGAGGACGGCGGGAAGAAGCUGAGGGGGGAAAGCCGUUAAUUGGCGCGCGCAGCUGUCGCUGAGGGGAGAAGCGGUAAACGGCCCUCGCGGACGGCGCGAGGAGUUGCAGCCCAGCUUGGGAAGAUGCUGAACAACGUGGAGAAAUGCGCGCGGCACCUAGUGGUUAGUGAAAGAUCCAACUUCAGGCACAGUAAAUCAAAACACCAUAAACACGUGCAGGCUCAUCACUAUAACUACCAGGUCUCAAUUUUGAUACCAGAAUGUGGCGUGAUACCACCAAGAGUCACUGCUGCCUGCAGAAAUUUAGGAGAGUAUUAUUUGGUAGAGCAGUUGCCAAUUCAUCGAAUGCUUGAACCUGACUUCAUCAACAAAUUUGUGAAGCAAGGCUUUCUUUAUGUGCUUUCAUACAACACCAGAAUAGAUCAAGACAACUGUAUUGCAUUACUGCCAAUAGGAAAGCUAAUUUUAUCAGUUGACAAGGAUACUUAUGAAGAGCUUGGCCUGGAAGGAAAGCCAUCUAUGUAUUCACAUAAGGCAGCAAUGAGAUACAAUAUUACUGUCCACAUUCGUGAUGCUACUUUUGUUCCUGGUGAAAAAAGAUAUAACCGUGUAAUGUGGGCAUUGAAAGAAAAAAAACCUUUAAAAUUUGACUUUUUGAUGAAGUGGCAUUCCUCAGGUGGACAAGAAGCCAAUUUGGUGUCUUACUUCAAGGAAUAUGAAUGCAAGGUUUACCAGCCUAUUGUGUCAACCAGGAUAUUAAAAGACAUUGACAGCCCUGUGCUGCUGGGUAACGAAUUGAAAGGGAAGGACAAUGAAUCCUGCAGCUCUGAGGAAUUUCUUGACUGGCUUGGUGCAGUCUUCAGUGAUAUUGAUUGCAAUAAUCAAGCAGACAGCUUUCUCUCGACCUACUGCUGCCCUUGGCCCAGCACCGUACUGGAUAAAGCUUGCCUUUAUACUAUUUCAGGAUUUAUAAUUCCAGAAGGGAUAAAUCAGAUAUUGGACCAGCUUAGACUCUAUUUUGAGGAACCCAAGUUGGCCCACUGGGUUAGUAUGACUGUACACGGCUUUGCAGACAGCCCAGUUUCCUGGGGAGAAAAUGAACAUGGAUACUACAAGGGGGGAGAGAACCUCUACAAUUUUGUUCUCUUCAGUAACCAAGAUUACUGGCUCCACAUGGCUGUUGGGGCACACAGUGCCUGUCCACCAUAGAGUUAUAACUGUAUGUGCUUACUUGUACAGAAGAACUGCAGCACCUAUCAUUUGUCAAUUCAGAAAUGAUUUGCCAUCAUUGACUAUUAAAGCUUCUUUAUACCAUGGAUCCAGAAACACAUUCCACUUAAAGGGAAUAAAAAACACCAGUCCGGUUCUAAAUUUUCAGGACGUUUAUAAAUAAUAUGCACCAUUGAAAUCAUCAUGUCAAAAUUGAAGUGUUUGCUUUAUUCAUAAUUUGCAAGUUUUAUGUUCUUUCCCUAUGAGUGCACUAUUUGAUAAAUCAGCAAGUAUCCAGACUGUGCAUUUGUGAACCUUGGCGGCUGCCACCACCGUAUUGGUGUGCUUAAGCUUGAUGUACACUCCUGAUAUAAAUAAGCAACUUUCUCUCCCUUUAAGGAGGUUAUUGGCUUCAAGCAAAUUGAUUUCCCUGCAGAUCUAUCUAAUUAGAAGAUAUGUUAUGUGGACAGUUGCAGAGUGGAAUUAAUAUUCUUUGGGGUUAGGUGCAACAUUUUAGCACCCUGACGUUAUUUCACCAAGUUGCUAUACCAGCAUAUUAACAUCAACAACAGCUUAUAUAUUGUGCUUAAUAAAAGGCUUUUAAAAAAAGACAUAUUGGUGAGGUAAUUGGGAGGCUUUUAAUGUAAAGAUAGAAUUGAUGAUAAAGACUCACAGCAGGAAUUUGCAGCGCUGAAGUGGCUAAAUACUCUGUCACUAUUAGUGGAUCUAAGAGAAAUUUGGCAACAAUCCAGAUUUGGUGGAUUGAAGGGUGCAGUAGAGGACAUAAAACUGGAGAGGUUUGCAGAAAUAAGACAGGACAAGGCCAUGUGCAAUGUCAGGAUGAGGUUUUAAGAUUAAAUGCGUGGUUAGAAGCCAGCGUAGGUCAGUAAACUCCGGGGUGAUUGCCAAGAGACAGUGCAGGCAGGAGAAAUGCUAUUAAUGUUUAUGGAAAGAGAAAGAUAGAUGACUGACAGGGGAGAGCUGGCAAAAUUGAAUGUAGAGUUGGCAGAAACAUGGAUAAGGGUUCUGGAUGCAGUGAACAGGGGAGAGAAAAGAUUAUUUUUGAAAUGGAAUACAAUUCAGUGGGUGGAAAGGAUUUUGAGGGUUUGUAGUUCAGCUUAGAUUGAAUAUGAUGCCAGAGUGUUUGCAGGUUAUGCCAACUUUAGUCAGUGGCUGGUGUGUGGUGAACAGUAGAGUCAAUGGCAAGGGAAAUAAAAGCUACUGCUUUGGAGAGUUUCAGGGCAUCUGGUUGUGUUUGCGGAAAUCAUUGGAGCCGAAUAUCUCUAAUACACAUGUAAGAAGUAAACCCUAUGCCUGUGAAUGAUGCUACUGGGGGCAGUAUGUAGAAUGGAGGCAGCAUGUAGAAGCCAUAAAGGAGAGAGCCAAGAAUGACUCCUUAGAACAUAUCAGAUUAUUGUAUGGGUGUUAGAAGCAUGGGGAUGGGGGUAGAUCUUUUGUCGAGAUGUGCUGCCUUCCUUUUGUAUAUACCACUACCUGUUGUGAUAAUAUGGGUUCUGUAAUUCCUAGCUGCAAUGAGAUAUUGUACUGUGUUAGUAAAAGGAAUUUUCCAAUGUACCAUACUUUGUACAACCCCGGGCCUGCUUGAUCGUGGCUGAUUUGAUUGUGUCUUCAAUUCCACAUAGCCCUAUUGCAGUACCUCCAUUAAAUAGUUUCACAUGACUUCUGUGACGCAGUCUUCCCUACAUUUAAAUCUGCUAGAAAAAUAAAGCUGUAAAAACUGUUUGGUUUGAGCUUGGCAGUGGACUAGCAUGUCAUGAGUCCUGAAAUAAAUCUGAGAUAUAUAUUGUGUCUGGAUAUUUGUUGUAUGGAGAUUUCAGCUAACUACUUCCUGUGAUGUUUUACGCUGCAUCACAAUCCAGCAUAUUAUCUUCACCAUGCACAUGAACUUUCAAGUAUGUAAUUAUUACCACCCUGAUGCCCUUAUCAGGUGUCCAUUUGCAGAAUCGAUAUUGCUUUUCACUGUAGAUUUACCACAUUUAGCCAGACUGAGGGAUAGUAUCUAACUGUAGAGGAUGUGAAAUAUGCCAGCUGUGAUGCAUUGCAAUAACAGUCCUAGAUGGCCAUCAAUUGAAAGUGCUCCUAAGCAACACCUAGUGCAUGUAUCAACAAUUGUAAGUUUGGAUACAGUUAGAGUAGGUAAGUGUUCCAAGACAUAACGGGUCACAAAGUCAAAUGCUAGAGGAAUUUGUUUUUUGCAGAUGCUUUAUAUGCUCAUAAACCUAUCCAGUUCCUCUUUAAAAACAACAGAGUACAAACUGACAUUUUAGUAAUGAUCAGAUUGUUUAGUGUUAAAUGCAUAUUGUUCUAAUUGUGUAAAAGUUAUAUCAGUUUUAAUGUUCUGACGCUAAAUCCACAAUUUAAUUGAUAAGUCAUGAAAGGGGAUUUUAUAAUAAAGUUGUUGAUUUCAUC